GCAGCAUUUGUUGUGGGUGUUUAGUCUGUUGUCGUUUGACUUGAGUAAGUUUAGCCGCCAUGUUAAAACAGUUGAAGGUGCGACAAAUAGUGAACAUUUAAUAAAUUUUUGUGUUUUAUUUAAAAGCUGGCCUAAAAUUGAGAGACAUUAAUCGAGCGAUCGAUUAUUUAAUAUGUCGGAGCCGGAGAGCAAAAAGUUAUCUAACUUACGCGUUGUCGAUUUGAAGGCUGAACUCGCGAAGCGAGGACUAGAUCGCAAUGGCGCUAAGAGUGUGUUGAUAGAGAGACUAUCCAAGGUACUGAAAGAAGAAGGCGAAAAUCCCGACACGUAUAUAUUUGACAAUGCUGAAAAGAAGCCCAAUGCUGUGCCCAGUUCAGAAGAUGAGAACAAGGCAGAGCCAAAUGAUAAUGAAGCAGUUGCUGAGAAUGAGUCAAAAGAUACUAAUACAGACCCCCCUCAAAAGAAUGAAGAGGAAGCUCCCGUAGAGGCUGCGCCAAACAUGACCGAUCCAGCUGAUGAUAUUGAUGGUCAGGGACUAAGAUUAACUCUUGAAGAAGAAGAAACUUUGCAUGAUGAUGAAGGGGAAACCAACAAUGACAAGUCCUCCGAAGACGCCGAAGAUGAUAAGACGAACUCAUCAAUUGAAGCAUCCAAGGGGGACGUCAAAUCCAAAGAAUCUUCGUCUGGUCAAGAAGGAUCCAAAGAUGACAAGGAUGCUGGGAACUCUUCUAGCGUGAACAGACCGCAGGUCAUUCGAAGAGUGAAAGUGCCGCCCAACUUGAAUCCGAAGGUCGUGUGGAUAAGUAACGUCGCCCAAAACACCAGGGCCAGUGAAUUGAAGGCCGCACUAUCGGUGGCCGGCAAAGUGACCGGUGCAAAGGUCGUUGUUAACGCAAGAUUCCCGGGAUCCCGCUGUUUCGGUUACGUAACCAUGGGAUCUGUCGAAGACGCCGAUAACGUCAUUGCUAAACUCAAUAACACGGAGCUCAACGGGCAAAUUAUUAAAAUCGACAAGUUCGAUCACGUACGUGCGGAACAGAUGAAACAGAUGCGCAUGGCGGCCGCCGCGAAGGGACAAGACAAAAAGGACAGUGAUAACAAAGAGGAGGGCCACGACAAGACCCGAUCCGACUCCGAGAAGUCCCCGAAGAGGGACGGCAACAAAGACGGUUCCACCGACAAAGAUAAAAACGGCGACGAUAACCGCAACAAGAACGGCGACACCAAAUCCGAAGACAAAUUCAAGCUGCACGACAGGAAGCACAUUCACGAGCGCGGCCGACAGAACAUCGGCUUCCCCAAGGACAGGAGGAGGGUGCGCAGCCGUUCCAGAGGUCGACCCCACUCGUUGCUCACGUUCAACAAGAUCCGCGAGGAACGCGAACGUCAGCGCCUGCGCGAAAAGGAACGUAUACUGAGAGAGGAGGGCCGCAGGAGGCACGAGGAGGCGAUGAGACAGCGCGACGUGGAACGACGGCAGAGGAGUGAGGCGCAGCGCUUGGAGCGCGAGAGGGAGAAGUUGCGCAUGGAACGUGAAAAGAUCGAGAAGGAAAAGGCCGAACUGAUCAAGCUGGAGAGGGAGAGGCAGAGGUUGGAGCGUGAGAAGAUCAAGGCAGAGAAAAUGGAGCUGGAGAGGACGUUGAUCCGGUUGGAGGAGGACAGAAGGGCGGCUAAAAGACCGGCCAACUUCAGAGACAAUUACGACGAAAGGAAGCGCACCGCCCCCGACAGGGAGCACUUUAAGGAGCCUCCACCGCCGCCGAGAUUCGACCAGCCUGCCAAACGUUUUAGCACGAAGCCAAGGGAGCCCAGCCCGAAUAGGUUCGGCAACUCUAAGGACUAUAAUUCCAGGAUGUCGUACGACAAGAAGCACGAUCAACCCUAUCCAGACAAAAGAGGUAAUUCAAAUCGAGAAUACGAUUUGGACAGAAAGCAGCCAAUAAACCCCAGAUCCGGCCCCAGUAGUGGAGGAAGCAGUAGCAACAAGUACGAUAGGCCCUACGAAAACCGGGAUAGAGAUAUAAGAAAUCGGGACGUGCCGAUACGCUCAAAGGACAAUAGGUUCGGUGACAGAGACCGAGACAGAAGUCCCCACACCAGUUUCAGAACCAACAUGAGAGAUGACAGGGAUCGUCGUUCAAUGCAGGACAAUAAGGGCGAUUUGAUGAGCCGAGAACAUCGUUACCAAGAUAACUCCUCAGGUAAGCCUAGAUUCGAUCGCAACAAUCAGGGAGGUUGGAAUAGUCAUCAGUCAACCAAACAGUUCAGCUCAAACACUAAGGAUCCAUGGCUGGGUGAUACAUGGAGACAGGAACCUCCAUCUGAUAGAUGGAACAACCAGGGUAGCCGCUCAUUAAAUCAGUUUUCGGGAAACUCAAAUUCGGUGCCAGUGUGCCCACCACCGCCAGGUUUAAGCAACUACCCUGAUCGAUUUGAUUACAACAAAUCGCUAAAUUCUGGAAUGCGAAAGUAUUGAUCUGUCAUUACCUUUAUUUUAGUACAAUAGUCGGAAAUUUAAAUGUAUUUAUUUGUUUAUAAUCAGGGUCCAGAUAAUAACUAAGACAAAAAAAUACAUUUAACAAAUUUAUGUACCCAAUUAUUAUGUCUAACUAAAUUUGUAUGAUUAAUUAAUUCCUGUAUUAAAUUUCUUGUUGGAUCUAAUACAUUAUUAUUUACUCUUUUA